AUGCCCGCUCUUGCGAUUGUUUUAGCCGCCCUGGUGUUGACGGAAGAACCUACGACCAUUCCCGUAUGUAACACCGACACAAACAGUUUGGAGAAAUGUCGUCCAGCCGUCACUGGAAACAACCCACCGCCUCCAGGCAACGAAUGCUGCUUAGUCCUUCGAGCCGCUAAUCUGGAAUGCAUAUGCAGACUCAAGUCCUAUCUCCCUGUUUUAGCGAUUGACCCAUCUAAAGUCCAGGCUCUUCUGAGCAAAUGUGGCAGUACAACAAUCCCUCCUGCUUGCCAAGCUUUGAAGAACUGA